AUGGAGACCGAAUUCUGCAAAAAGAUUGACCUGAACCUCAAUAUUAGCAUUGAUCUCCCGGCAGAUGCCCCCGAAGGCCAUCCUCAUCUCCUCAAUGUCAAAUGGCCUCGAAAUGAUCCUCAUCCCGAAAAAUGCAAGGAGAUCAGAUCGAUGCAGAUUGAGUUCCCGAAAGAUUUGUCUUUGAUCGACGUCAUCGCAACUAUACUCUUCGAGUGGAAACCGGCAGCACUUCAUCACCUCCUCGACCUUGAAAACGAACAAUUUCUGAAUUUUAUUGUGCAGCGAAAUGGGAAGACGGCAGUGUAG